AUGGCUUCCUCAACAGCGCAACGCCGAUUACUCCAAGAAUACAGAGCUCUCACCAACAAUUCACCUGAAGGAAUAACUGCUGGCCCAGUGUCAGAAGAUGAUCUUCUGUACUGGGAAGCCCUUAUUGAGGGCCCAGAGGGCACUCCUUUUGAAGGUGGCAUUUUCCCAGCUGCGCUGAAAUUCCCGAAAGACUAUCCACUCGCACCACCAAGCAUGCGAUUUCUAGGCGAAGUCUGGCAUCCGAAUGUAUAUCCCUCGGGAUUAGUAUGCAUUAGUAUCCUUCAUCCACCUGGACCCGACCCAAAUCAUUAUGAAGAUGCUUCGGAGCGCUGGAGCCCUAUUCAGAGUGUGGAAAAAAUACUUAUAUCAGUGAUGAGCAUGCUUGCGGAACCGAACGAUGAAAGCCCCGCCAACGUAGAAGCAGCAAAGCAAUGGAGAGAGGAGCGGCCAUUAUACGAAAAAAGGGUUCGUGACGGAUGUAAACGUAUGCUCGGCCUGUAA